GCCAGGUAGGGAAACUGGAGCAGCAGGCCUGUGGACACUUCCAGGGUGCGGUCCUGCGUAGAGCUGGGUACCCAGGUCCUCCUCUUGGAGGCCCAGUCACAGGCCAGCCCCUCCUGGUGAGACCUGUGAGGACCUCGUGUGGAUGGAUGGUCUGAGGCCCAAGGCCCCCACCAGGGGCCUCUGGCAGGGAGGGCUGGGUAAGGUGCCGUGGCAGGAAGCGGAAGCGUCAAGUAACCCCUAGCUGCUACCUAGAGCGCGAGAGCUCACUUCCACUCAACACAGCCAGAGCUGGUGGUGGGUGCCCGGUGCACAGAGGCCAGCAGACUAAUGGACCUGCCCUGUGCCCUUGGCCUUGGGACCCUGCUGGCCCUGCCGGGGGCCCUGGCCUCAGGAGGCCAAGCCAGAGAUGGCGCGGGCUCCAGCUCCGUCACCGUGCUCCUGCUCCUGCUGCUCCUCCUGCUGCUGGCCGCCGGCCUGGCGCUGGCCUGGUGCCGCCUCAGCCGCGACUCUGGAGGCUACUACCACCCGGCCCGCCUGGGGGCCACGCUGUGGGGCCGUGCCCGCCGCCUGCUCUGGGCCAGUCUGCCAGGCCGCUGGCUACGGGCCCGGGCCGAGCAGGGGUCCCCAGGUGAGGACCCGGAGCAGCAGGACGAGGACUCGGGAGACGACUAUGACCUGAAUGGUGGUCCAGAGGACGCUAAAUUCCAGGAAGAGGAGCGGCGAUGUGGAGAAGGGCCCAGCCGGCAACAGGUCCCCCAGCCGGCGGAGGAAGCACGUGACGGUGGCACCGAAGGGGGACUGGGCCUCAGCUCCCAGGGGCCGGCAGGCUCGGGGGGCAGUGCCGAGGCCCUGCUGAGUGACCUGCAUGCCUUUGCUGGCAGCGCAGCCUGGGACGACAGCGCCGGGGCGGCUGGGGGCCAGGGCCUCCAUGUCACUGCACUGUAGGAGCCAGCCUGGUGCCACGGUCCCUGUGCCUCUGCUUCCCCAGCUGCCAUGGCGGGACGCAGCCUGCCCUGGAUCUGUCAUCACCCACAUUCCCACAUGGAAAACUUCAGAUUGGCACACCCCCACUAGUUCUGUCCCCGAGGCUGUGCAUCCUGCCCCAAGAAAGCCACCUAUCCCCAGGGACACUGGCAGCCAUUUGAAAUAAAACCCCUCCAGCCCUGUG